CUCUUUUUGGAAUUGGUCUUCUUCCUUCUGUUCUUCUCCAUAACAGCGCGGUGGCAGCUAUCGUCGUCGUCGUUCUCGUCGGCGAAGAGGGUUGUGUCAACGAUGGUUGCGGAGAGGUGCACGCUCGUGCUAGUGAAUCUGGCUGGAAUCAUGGAACGCGCCGACGAGGCUCUGCUUCCGGCCGUGUACAAGGAGGUCGGGGAGGCGCUUGACUUGACGCCUUCGGGACUUGGUGUUCUCACGCUUUUGCGAUCUUUUGUGCAGUCAGCCUGCUAUCCGCUUGCUAUGUAUAUGGCUGUGAGGCACAACAGGACACAUGUGAUCGCCAUUGGCGCGUUCCUCUGGGCGGCGGCCACAUUCCUUGUGGCAUUUUCCUCCACUUAUACGGAGAUUGCAUUCUCAAGAGCCUUGAAUGGCAUUGGGCUAGCUUUGGUGACACCAGCAAUUCAGUCUCUUGUUGCAGACUCCACUGAUGACAGUUCAGCUUUUGGCUGGUUGCAAUUAACUUCUAAUAUAGGUUCUAUACUUGGAGGUUUCAUUUCACUCCUACUAGCAUCAACUAAAUUCAUGGGAAUUGAUGGCUGGAGAAUUUCUUUUCAUCUUGUUGGAAUCAUAAGUGUAAUUGUUGGAAUACUAGUCUAUCUUUUCGCUGUUGAUCCCCAUUUUUCUAACAGUGCAAGACCACCUGAUCUUCCUCGCUCAUCCCAUUCUAUAGCUGCUGAAGUGAAAAAUUUAUUUAAGGAAGUGAAAUAUGUCGUUAAAAUUCCAUCGUUUCAGAUCAUUGUAGCUCAGGGAAUCACUGGAAACUUCCCAUGGUCUGCCUUGGCAUUUGCACCAAUGUGGCUGGAGCUUAUUGGUUUUUCUCAUGGCGUGACUGCAAUUCUUAUGGGUAUGUUCGUCUUUUCAAACUCACUUGGAGGAUUAAUUGGAGGGAACCUGGGGGAUUUUCUUGCAAUUCGCUUACCCAACUCUGGAAGGAUAGUCUUGUCACAGAUAAGCUCUGGUUCAGCUAUUCCGCUUGGAGCUUUGUUGUUGCUGGGAUUGCCUUACGACCCUUCCUCAGGAGUGGCACAUGCUAUCGUCCUUUUCACAAUGGGAUUGAGCAUGUCGUGGAAUGCUGCUGCUACGAACAACCCUAUAUUUGCAGAGAUAGUCCCUGAAAAGUCACGGACAAGCAUCUAUGCACUGGAUAGAUGCUUCGAAACAAUUUUAGCAUCGUCCGCUCCUCCUGUUGUCGGGCUGUUGGCCGAGGUUUUUUACGGCUACAAACCAAAUCCAUCCAGAUCUAACAAAGAUAAAAGCAUUGAAAUUGAUAGAGAGAAUGCCGCCUCCUUGGCUAAGGCACUCUACACUGCAAUAGCAAUUCCAAUGUUUUUCUGUUGUAUAAUUUACUCCUUCCUUUACCGCACCUACCCGAGUGACCGAGAGAGGGCUAGAAUGCAUUCCUUGCUUGAAUCCGAAAUGCAGAUAUUAGAGCUGAAACAAUCUCAAGAUCAAAUUGAAUCAGAGCCAUUUCAAAAAGAGCAGCUUGUGAUUGCUGUGGCUUAUGACGAGGAGGAAAAUGAAGCUGAUGAUUAUGAUGAAAAAAGACUACUUUCCCCAGGUGGAAGAGGGACCAAUUGUCUUUCGUGACAUUUGAUUUUCUUCAGAAGUUUCUGGGCAAGUGAUGAGAAAAGGUCAAUCUUAUGAUAAAGCUGCCAAUUCUUUUAGAAUUUUAUUUUGAAUAAUCCAAAAUCAAGGAAAUGUUGUAAAAAAAAAUUGUAAGUGAAAAAUUAUUCACUUUAUGGUGAAUGUUCCUAUGCUAGCAUUUGCCUUUUCAUUCAUUUAUCCAUUUUUUUUCCUCGUCUUGUUUGGUUAUGUGAAGGUGAAUAUCGCCAUAAAAUGCACAGAGAAUUUGUAUAUAUUAAGAGAAGUGCAUUUGUUUGGUAAUACGGAAU